AUGUUAGAUAACUUAAAUUAGGAUGUCUCAAUUUUAUAACCAUCCCUUCAAAUGACAGAUUCUCAAGUUCAAAAUAGAAUAAGACAAAUGAAAAUGGAAGACCCUGAUGAAUAAACUUGUUAUUAGAAGUUCUGCAACUUAUUUACUAUUGAGUAAUCUAUUUAUAAAUAUACUCAGAUAUUAUCGUGAAUAUUUUGAUGUCACAACUGAAUUAGUUAUAGCUAAAGUUGUUAAUGCAUUUAAUCCAUUUUCUGGAACAUUUUUUGAUAUUGGUGGAGGAAUACCAGAAUUGUAUGGACCAUUCUGGAUUUUAAAUACGUUAAUUUUUACUAUAGCAUUAUCUGUCAAUAUCAUUAAAUACAUGUAAUUGCAACCAGGUGAACAUUUUGAAUAUUAAUUUGAAAUCGUUCCCUUUCUUGCUAUAUUUAUGUAUCUCAAAACAUUAAUUGUACCUAUGAUAUAUAGAGUGGCUCUUAAAUGUGUAUCAUAAGAUCGUCUCACUCUAUUACAUUGUUUCACUAUUUAUGGAUAUUCAGCUGUUGUUAUGAUUCCAAUUUCAUUACUCAAUUCAAUUCCUAAUCCUGUAAAUCAUUUAUUUAAUAUCUUAAAAGGCAAUAUAAUGGAUGUUAUUAGUUUAUGUAUUGUUUGCUCAAACUUCAUUUCUGACUUCAAAUUUCAAUUAAGAAUUAAAAUAUUUACCUAAAGAAAAGAAGUAUAUGAUUGUAGGACUUGUUGCAGUAGUACAGAUUACUAUAAUGAUUUUGUAUAAGUUCUAUUUCUUCAGUUCAUUCAAUUAUCAACAAUUGGGAUUAGUUAAAAAAAGAAUGAAUACUCAUAUACUAUAACAUAUUUUGGGCGCUAAUUGA